AUGAGUGAACACGAAUUUACGUAUAGAAGUCUUCGGCCGACUUGUCGAGCUAUUGUCACUAUAAUAGCCUGCAUAUCCUUUGUUUCGGGUGUGAUUGCCGGGUACUUCUUCAUAACGAGUUUGUCAGAAGUUUCGGAGACCGUGAAGAUCGUUUGGACCACUGGAUCGGGCCUUUACGCACUCGGCUCACUUUUGGUUAUUAUUGGAGUUUGGAAGCGGACUAAGUGGCUGCUUUACCCCUACAUGUUAAUGCUCCCCAUGGCAAUCGCUGUCUACACAAUUAUACUGCAGUGGUUAAUUAGGAGUCUCGGGGCAUCCGUUUUUGCAGCGGUGGCCAUCAGCUUUAUAUUCCUAGGCGGUACCCUAUACAUGGCCAAAACAUUGGGGCAAAGUCGCAGGGAGGCAGCCGCUUAGUGCCAGAAAGUAUUAUUUGAACGUACAAAAUCUUAAAAUUUUAGUGAUUUUAAAUUGUGACAUAAGAGUAAGUGAAUAUGAAAAACUAAGCCAAA